AUAUAGUGAAUAACAAUCUCUUCUCACUUUAAAAACCUUAAUAAGAAUGUCAAAUCUCCGAUAAAAAAAAAAGUUAAUAAUAAUGGUGGGAGAUAUUGAAGACGAGAUCAGAGACGAGAAGCAUCCUCAUCCUCUCUUCAAGACUUAUUUUGAUGUUGGGGUUGGUGAUAAAGUAUCCUCCCUCAGGGAUCUUGAAGAAGGCAAGCCGCCUGUGGGAUGUUCAAGAGAAAUCCCAAUGGAUCUCCUCAUGGAUAUUCUUUCGAGAGUUCCAGCAAAGUCUAUAGCUAGGUUUCGUUGCGUAUCGAAACUCUUGGAAUCCAUUCUUCGCAGUCCUUAUUUCACGGACUUGUUCUUGACGACGACGACUCUUUCAGUUUCACCCCUGCUCCUUUUCACCGUGGAAGAUAAUGGCAAGUUAUUCUUCUUCUCUUCACCUCACCCUCAAAAUCUAGAUGAGAAUAAUACCUUUCUUGUGCCCACCCAUUACCAAGUUCAACAUAAGAACUGUCCCGCAGAUUUUUUGUUUGUGAUCGAUUCACCUCUUUGUGGAUUUAUCUGCAAUCGAGAUAAGGGGAGUGAAGAGACUUUAGUUCUUUCUAACCCAGUCACAGGGCAGUCUGUAACUCUACCCAAAGUGGAAUUGAAGAGUGUUGAUCAUACUAAGACGACAAGAGCUUACUUAGGGUAUGAUCCGAUUCACAAACAGUUAAAAGUGUUGUGCAUCAAGUCGGGCGUUAUCCCUAAUACGUGUGAUGAGCAUCAAGUUUUGACAUUGGACUCUAGAAAACAUUUAUGGAGGAAAGUCCAAUAACCCCAUUUUCCUAAUUCAAAUGGAAUAUGCAUAGAUGGUAUUUUGUAUUAUACAGCUGGGUUGUUUAUAGGAAACAAAAUUACCACGAUAGCGUGCUUUGAUGUUGUGUCCGAGAAGUUUAGCUUUAUCAACAUAGAUGAAUGCAUGUGGAUCACUAUUUAUUCUACUUUGAUCAACUACAAGGGUAAAUUAGGUGCGCUUCACUUUAGUUUUUUCUCUCGAAGACUAAUUGAGUUGUGGGUUCUUGAAGAUGCUGAGAAAUAUAUUUGGACCAAAUAUAUUUACGCAUUGCCUCCUUUGUGGAACGACAUAGUUGAGCGUACAAAAUUAGUCAUUUUCAUUGUUGGAAUGACUGGUGGAGGUGAAGUUGUCUUGUCACCUUGCUACUGUCCACUAGACGCAUUUUACAUAUAUUACUUCAACCUUGAGAGUAAGACUCUCACAACAGUUCAAAUACAAGGUCUUGAAAUGUUUAAGGAUAAGAGACUUUACACCUCUCUAGACUAUGCUGAGAAUUUGAAACUUAUCUAAGUUUUCAACUUUAUGUUUUAAAACUUUGUCUAGUUUUUUUUUUUUCCAGUUGAUUAGUAGUGUCUACAUUUCAUUC